UCUAAGUAGUUAAUAUUUUCCUAUUAAUGUCAAUCGUCUCAUCAAGGUGGCUGUGGACUCUCUUUUAAUUUUAGUAACUUCUCAUUCAAUAAGAAAAUAAGAUACUGCAAGCUUAUUGAUUAUCUAAUAAAAAUUUGAAAGACGUUUUAUGGAGACAAAUACAAUUAGUACCACCAUAGCUCGUUUCUUCCCCUAUAAAUAACAACUGAUCUUAGUAUUGUUCAUCACUCAACAACAAACACGAGAAAGAAUCAUAUAUUGGAAUAUUUCAAACAUCUUUUUUUUUUCAUCAUGGCUUUCAAAAACGUGAUUUUUCUCCUGGCGGUUUUAUGCAUUGCACUGUCUGCAAAUGCUCAAUUACCACAAUUUCCGGCAUCGUUUCCUUUUCCAUUUCCAUUCCUACCGAGUCCCGGUGUACCAGGAUUACCUGAUAUAACAAAAUGUUUGACAUCUUUUAUGAAUAUUCCAGGGUGUAUCGCAGAGUUUUCGCAAUCUAUACUCAUUGGAAAGUUCGGAAACAUAGGUCCUGCUUGUUGCAAAGCAAUUUUGGAAGCUGAAACCAAUUGCAUUCCACAACUUCCAUUCAAUCCAUUUUUUCUUCCUAUGCUAAAGGAACAGUGUUCAAAAACUGUUGGCGCACUUCCUCCUACCAAAAAGUAGAAUUUAAUUACAAAUAAUGUUAACCGUUGCAUUUUUUUUUCUUUUUUUUUAGUUGAAAAAUAAGAUUAGGUUUACGAUUUGUAUCCAAAAUUUUCAACGAUAUAAUAAUAGCAUUAUAAACGAGUCACUUUGUUUUUCCCAGUUUUACAUAACAAUAAUCUAUAACAAUUUUAAUUAGAUUGCAAAAAGGCUUGCUUGAAGAUGUAAUGACCUUUCAAG